AUGGAUUAUCGUUAUCAAAGAUAUCUAAGAUGCAUGGAGGUAAUGCCUGAGCCAGCAGGUACUUCUAGUCCUACUUAUGGCAGAGGUAUUAUCAAUUCUAUGAUCAAUAAUUUACCAUUUGAAAUGCAUAUGCCUGGCUACAAUUAUUUAGGUCCAGGUACCAAGCUUGAAAAGAGAUUGAAUGCAGGUAGCCAACCAAUAAAUAAACUUGAUGAAUUGGCUAUGAAUCAUGAUAUAGCUUAUUCUAAAUCUAAAAAUUUGGAUGAUCGUCAUGCUGCUGAUUAUGAUUUACAAGAAGGAGCUUGGAAUAGGGUGUUGGCUGAUGAUGCUGGUUUUGGUGAAAAAGCAGUAGCAUGGUUAACAACUAAUGCCAUGAAAGCUAAAAGAGCUUUAGGUGCUGGCUUGCUAACAAAGUACCCCGUAUCUCUGGAACCAGCAGAGCAAGAAAAACUUGCAGCAGCUGUACAGGCACAGAAAGGUGUUUCUCUAAAGGUUAGUACUAUACGUACCAAAGAAUCUGUGAUGAGUGAGUCCUACUUACCACUAACAAAAAGUCAGAUUGCAAAUCUUAAAAAAGGUGGCAGUGGUAAGAAAACCAUCAGAUUAUCAGCUGCUCAGGUUGAAAAGGUCAAGUCUGGAGGUUACCUUAAAACAAUGCUUCAGUAUGGUCCUGCAGCCAUAGGUGCUGUUUCUGCUCUUGUUAAUCUUUUCAAAAGUAAGGAAAAAGAUGGCAAAGGUGUUUACAUCAACAAGAAACCUAGAGGUUCAGGAGUUUACAUUAACAAAAAACCAAAAAGUGGUGAAGGUGUUUACAUUAAUAAGAAACCUAAAGGUUCAGGUGUUUACAUCAAUAAAAAACCAAAAAGUGGUGAAGGUGUUUACAUUAACAAGAAACCUAAAGGUAAUGGUCUCUUAGAUGAGCUUUUAAAAAAAAAAAAGCUACUCCUCUGAAUAAUUUGGAAUUGGCAGAGUAUGCUAUACAAUUGAAAAUACCUUUCUUUAGAGGUGUAUUCAUGCGUGAUAAGUUACCAACAAAAAUUUUAAAAAAUGAAUCUGCUAUUGUGAAUUUAGAUUCAAGCUCUGGUCCAGGCACUCAUUGGGUUGCAUAUGUGAAACAUGGUCAAAAUGUAGAAUAUUAUGACUCUUUUGGUGUUGCCCCACCAGCUGAAUUACUUGCUUACUUUGGAAAGAAAGCCAAGGUAAUUUAUAAUUAUGAGCAAGAUCAAAAAUUAAGUCAAGUUAUUUGUGGUCAUUUGUGUUUGAAGUUUCUGCAUAAAUACAUAUGAUUUCAAAUCUCUGAUAUUUGUAAAAUGGAUUUAGCUCUUGAAUUGCACAAACCUGUGAUUAAAAAAUUCAAAACUCGCCAAAUCAUCACCAAAGGUAUUGAUCACAUUUGGCAAGCUGAUUUAUUGAUCAUGUCUCAGUAUAAAAAAGAAAAUGAUGGCUACACCAAUAUUCUGAAUGUUAUAGACUGUUUCAGCAAGUAUGUUUGGUGUAUACCUCUGAAAUCAAAAUCUGCAAAGGAUGUUACUGAAGCAUUUUGUAAAAUACUGGAGUCCAAAAGACCUAAUCGAAAACCUGAAUUGCUGCAUGUUGAUCGUGGGAAAGAAUUUGUAAA